ACAGUAAAAGUCUCUCUUUUGCCUUAAAUGCACUUUGCUCUCUCUCUCUCUCUCUCUCUCUCUCUCACUCUCUCAUCUGUAAGAAGGCCUUUCCACUGCAUCAAAAAAAGCCAAGAAUUGCAAAAGGGGUGAACUAUAAAAUCACUAAUAUAAUAUUUGCAUUCACACACAGCUGUGCAUAUAUAUGUCCAAAAUACAUAUACCACUCAUCAGUUUUUUACUACUCCAUUGGAGUACAUUUAUUAUUAUUACUAGUACUACUAGUUUCUUCAUUUUCGGUGUUUGCUGGACAGAUUCGAGUUCUUUCUUCUCGUGGACCCUGUUUUGUGUCGUUGAACUUUUCCUUCUUGAUUCUUAUUUCCUCUCGAAUUUGAUCAGGAAUCGAUUCAUACCCUUUUGGAAUACGAGCCAUGUCCAGUUUAUACACGCAGAAUCUGAAUUACUCACCUGCUAGAGUUGCUUCUCCACAAAUAAGGAACAACCCAGAUGUAGAUAGUCUGUACUUGGGAGAGCUGUUAGCAGAGCGGCAGAAGCUUGAACCUUUUUUGCUAGUGGUUCCCAUAUGCAGCCGACUGUUGAAUCAAGAGAUAUUAAGGGUUUCUGGCAUGUUAUCCAACCACGGAUUUAGUGACUAUGAUAGACUUCAGCGUGGAAGCCCCAGCCCAAUGGCUUCUUCAGACAUCAUGAUGCCAAAUCAUGGACCAGCUGGUCUAGGUGGCUGGAGUGGCCAUCCACACGAGAGAUUUGGUGUACAAGGGAGACCAAUGGACUGGCAAGCGGCCCCAGGAAGCCCAAGUACCUAUAUCAUGAAGAAGGUAUUGCGCUUGGAGAUACCAGUAGACAGCUAUCCAAAUUUCAAUUUUGUUGGGCGGCUUCUAGGUCCUCGGGGCAAUUCCUUAAAGCGCGUAGAAGCUUCGACAGGUUGCAGAGUAUUUAUUAGAGGGAAAGGUUCAAUAAAAGACCCUGACAAGGAGGAGACUUUAAGGGGAAGACCUGGCUAUGAGCACCUGAAUGAUCCACUACACAUUUUAGUUGAAGCAGAAUUACCCGUUGGUAUUAUUGAUGCACGAUUAAGACAGGCAAGAGAGAUUAUAGAAGAGCUGCUCAAACCAGUGGACGAGUCACAGGAUUUCUAUAAAAGGCAACAGCUAAGAGAACUUGCGAUGCUAAAUUCCAAUUUUAGAGAAGAGAGCCCUCGACCAAGUGGAAGUAGUCUCUCUCCUUUCAAUUCCAGUGGGAUGAAGCGCGCCAAAACCGGUUGGUAGGGAUCUUUUUAGAUUUGUCUGCCUUGAUGGUCGGUCUGAGGGGGGCCGUGGCUGCAUAUUGGCACCGUAUUAUACCUCUCAGUAAGUCUCCGUUUCUAAAGCUUCAAAGGAGUACUGGGCUGCGAGACAUGGCCGGGAGUUCUAAUGCAGAAGCGUUGUUCAGCAACAUAACAAUGUGGAAAGGAGAAGAAGAUUUAUUGCCGCGUCCAUGACCAUAAUUCCAUGCUGUUUUUAACUUAGAACAAUUAUUGCAUUUAUUUAUUAACCUUUGCUAUUUGGGUGGCGUAGGAAAUUAUUCACAUUGGGAUACCUGGCACCGCAAUUGAGGGGUCGGGCUACGUUUUCUUAAACGGGAUUGGUUUUUUCUUUUUGGGUUUGUUGUAACCAAUUAUAGGGUGAUGAAUUUUGUUAUUUUACCUUGGUUUGCUCUAUGUCAACUGUCAAGUAAUGUAAUGUGACCAAAAAAAAUUGAAAAUAUGUCAAGUAAUGUAUUUCUUUU